AUGUUUAACAGCAUUGAUGCUGGCAGGCCAUCGUGGCCUGGAAGCACAUGCAGGGCCAUCAAAGAAGUCUGUGCAAGCGAGAUGCACACGCCAAGACUGUGGCUGUGCCAUGUCAUUUUCUUGUUGCAGUGUCCUAGUCCUGAGUCAGUGGAUGGUCUGCAGUGCCCUGGCACCAUAAAAUGGCUUGAUUGCACUUCAGUUAUGCGGCAUUGCUGGGUACUGACCAUUGUUUUCUGCAGGCAUCACAACUGCGCAUCUGCGUACGACUGCAAUGGAGGUGCCUGCACCAUGGCUAUAUCAAAAAUGCAGAUUGUUCAGUGGAUCUUGGCACACCCGAAUGGCCUGUUAGUCAGUUCCUGA